CCAGUUAGUGAGAGAGUAACCAUGACACAGGACGGGGGUCGAGCGCGGGCCCUCUACUUGGUAGCGCUAUUGGCGGGCGCUACUGCCCAAGUUUUAACGCCGCCGUAUUUUAAUUUAGCAGAAAAUAGAUUUAUAACAUCUUCUGCGACUUGUGGUGAAGAUGUUGCAGAGCCGGAGCUUUACUGCAAGUUGGUGGGUGCUAAAGCUGACAGAGUUGAUGCUUCAUCAGACUUCAUCCAUGGAGGACAGUGGUGUGAUCGGUGUGACCCCAACCUGCUGGACAAGUCCCACCCUGUGCAAUUUGCCAUCGAUGGAUCUGAACGGUGGUGGCAGAGCCCACCACUUUCCCGCGGCAUGAAGUACAAUGAGGUCAACCUCACCAUCGACCUGGGUCAGUUGUUCCAAGUUGCUUACAUAUUAAUCAAGAUGGGAAACUCUCCACGCCCUGGUGUAUGGGUUUUGGAACGUUCUGUGGAUAAUGGAGAAAUAUACACCCCAUGGCAGUACUUUGCUGACAGUCUAGGGGAUUGUGAAAGUUUCUUUGGAAAGGAGAGCUUGGAGCCAAUCAGGGAAGAUGAUGAUGUAACCUGUGUAACACACUUUUCAAAAGUAGUACCUCUUGAAGGUGGGGAGAUUGUUGUGUCCCUUCUAAAUAAUCGACCAUCAGCCAACAGCUUUUUCAACUCGACAGUCCUUCAAGAGUUCACUAGGGCCACUAAUGUUCGCCUUCGCUUGUUACGCACUAAAACUCUACUUGCUCAUCUAAUGUCUGUGGCAAGACAAGAUCCAACAGUCACAAGGAGGUAUUUUUAUUCCAUCAAAGACAUCAGUAUAGGAGGAAGGUGUGUAUGCAAUGGUCAUGCAGAUGUGUGUGAUAUAACAGAUCCAAAUGACCUAUAUAAGCUGCAGUGUCGAUGCCAACACAACACAUGUGGUUCUCGGUGUGAGAUGUGUUGUCCUGGUUUCAUCCAAAAGAAAUGGAGACCAGCUGGCUACCAAGGCAGUUUUGUUUGUGAACCAUGCAACUGCUAUGAUCACUCCAAUGAGUGUAUCUACAGUGAAGAAGUAAAUGAACAAAGACUAUCUAGGGACAUCUAUGGCCAGUUUGAAGGUGGAGGAGUUUGUCAAAAUUGUCAGCACAAUACGCAAGGCAUCAACUGCGACCAGUGCAUAUCUGGGUACUACAGACCUUUUGAUAGAGACCUCAAUGAUACUGAUGUAUGUCAACCAUGUAACUGUAAUGAGUUUUUCUCAACUGGUAAUUGUGCUACUGGAACAGGGCAAUGUGAAUGUCGCCUUGAAUUUUUACCACCUUACUGUGAUGAGUGUAAUGAUGGAUACUAUGAUUAUCCCAACUGUAAACCUUGUGACUGUCAUAGAAGUGGCACAAUUGGUGGCAUAUGUGAAGUAGGUGGUGGGCAGUGUCCAUGUAAGGAUAAUUAUGAGGGACUAAACUGUAAUCGUUGUGCACCUAAUUAUUACAAUUUCCCAGACUGCUUACCAUGCAACUGCAGUGACAUUGGAUCCUUAGAUUACAACUGUAAUGCAGAAACUGGACAGUGCAAUUGUCAAAAUGAAUUUGGUGGACAAAUCUGUGAUCGGUGUGAACAUGGCUUUUAUGAUUAUCCUACAUGCACAUUCUGCAACUGUGAUGCGCAAGGGACAGUAGAAGAAAAAUGCAACAAGGAGACAGGGGAAUGCCUCUGCUUGAGUGGGUUUGGUGGUAACCGCUGUGAUAAUAGUGCUGCCGGAUUUUAUGGUUAUCCAUAUAUCCAGAGUUGUGGUUGUCACGAGAUAGGUUCAUCCUCAUCAAUUUGUGAUGCAUCUGGAGGCUGUACUUGCAUACAAGGUUUCUCUGGUCGAGCUUGUGACCAAUGUAGCCCUGGAUAUUACAACUUCCCAGAAUGUGUUCCAUGCAAUUGUGAUCAAGCAGGAAGUAUUGGGAUCUCAUGUGACAGGGAUGGAAAAUGCCAGUGCAAACCACAUUACGAUGGAGUUCAUUGUGAUAAGUGUCUUGAAGGAUUUUACAAUUUCCCCCUGUGUGAAGAGUGUAAUUGUAACCCUGCAGGUGUAAUAGAAAGUUUUGGUGGAUGUGGUGAAGCACCAGUUGGUGAACUAUGUGAAUGUAAGGAACGAGUCACAGGCAGAAUCUGUGAUAGGUGUAAGUCACUGUUUUGGGAUCUGAGGCAAGAUAAUCCUUUUGGAUGCGAAGAAUGUGGAUGUCACACUCCUGGUACAAUUGGUGGAAUGGCAUUGUGUGAGUCAGUGAGUGGCCAGUGCAUCUGCAAACCUGGAGUCACUUCCCGUCAAUGCAACCAAUGUCGAGAUGGAACAUAUAAUUUGGUAGAAGAUAACAUGUUUGGUUGUUCAGAAUGUGGUUGUAUUUCUGGUGGGUCAGUUGACAAUAUUUGUGAUAGAAAUACGGGACAGUGUCGCUGCAGACCACGUGUUACUGGUCAGCACUGUGAUCAACCCAUGCAACUGCAUUACUUCCCAACUCUCUAUCAACUGAAAUAUGAGGCAGAAGAUGGCCACACACCUCAAAAUACUGCAGUCAGAUUUGCUUACGAUGAAGAAGUAUUUCCAAACUACUCUUGGCGAGGAUAUGCAGUCUUCUCCGAUAUUCAAAAAGAAAUCAUCCAGGAGAUAUACAUAGAGAAGCCAUCUCUGUAUCUUUUGGUGAUGUUCUAUCAUAACCCAAGCUCCAAGACUAUUGUUGGCAAGAUUAAAGUUACACCUGACAACCCAAGUGAUACUGAACAGGAAAUUGAUGUUCAUUUUGCACCUACUAAUGGGCCCCAACUCAUGACAGUGAAGUCUGUGCUUGGUGACUUCCCUGUGCCCUUAGUUAUGAACCCUGGCCAAUGGUCCGUUGCUAUAAAGAAUAAGAAAAAUCUCUUUCUGGACUACUUUGUGUUGCUUCCUCUUGCCUACUAUGAGGGCACCAUCCUCUCCAGGAAUGUGACCACACCCUGUAUGAUUGGCCAUGUAUAUGGUGAUAUGUGCAUACAUUAUGCUUACCCUGAUAUUUUCGAAUAUAACUACAUAUAUGGAUCAGCUGGGUAUCGCAGUGUGGGUGAUGAACGAGAGUCUGUGGAACUGUUUGAUGAUUAUGAGGUUUUAUCAGAACUAGACACACAACCGAUGGCAUGGCUGAACCACAACCAACCCAGUGUUCAGUACGACAUACGACUUUCUCGUCCAGGACGUCAUAUACUUCUUAUCAACUACUUUACUCCUGAAGGUGGUAAAACCACUAAUAUCAUGAUAGAAACGUCAACACGUAGAGGUCGAGAGAAGGGGAGAGCCAUCCUGUAUGACUGCAUGUAUUCAACAACCUGUCGUCAAGUUAUUACAGAUGCAAGUGGUAAAGUGGGCGUGUUCUACUUUGAUAGUAAUUUCAUCAGCCUCGAGAUCACAGGUGAGACCAACACAAACAUUGGGAUUGAUUCCAUUGUUGCAGUACCAUACGAAUAUUGGCACGAAGACCUUGUGCGUCCACAACCAGUUUGCACCCGCUUAGAUGGCCAGUGUUUAGAAUCUUCAUAUCCAAUUCCUCCUGAGAGUGUAAAGGUUGAGUUUGAAUCAAAUUUUGAAGGGAAAAUGUCUACAGAACUACCUUAUGGUGUUGCAAAUGGUACUGGUCUUGUUUACCUCAACCAUAGUGACCCAAUGGUAGAUAUUACUGGCAAGUUGAGGUACGCUGGAAAGUACGUCUUUGUUGUCCACUACUAUCAGCCACAGUACCCAGAAUUUGAUGUGGACGUGCUGAUACAGAAUGGUCAGUUUUAUGAAGGUUCACUGGCAGUCCAUCACUGCCCUAGCACUUCUGGCUGUCGCUCUGUUAUUAGACAACCAGACGGAUCUUACGUGUUUGAUAUUUUGGAAAACUUUGUUCUCUCACUUAAGGAGCCAAAUCAUAAAUCAAUCUGGGUAGACAAAGUCUUGGUGGUUCCAGCUCAGCAAUUUAAUGAAAAAAUUAUGCAUGAAAUGCCAAUUGAUAUGACAGCAGAUUUCAUUAACAUUUGUGGACAGAACAACUUCAAUAUUGGAGAUAAUGCUACAGAUUUCUGUAAGGCUGCAGCAUAUGAACUGACAAUGGAAUACAAUAGUGGGGCCUUACCAUGCCAGUGUGACUUUUAUGGAUCUGAAAGCUUUGAGUGUGAGAGCUUUGGUGGACAAUGUCCAUGUCGUCGAAAUGUUAUUGGUCGCAGAUGCAAUCGUUGCAAAACUGGGUAUUUUGGUUUUCCUGACUGUGAACCAUGCAAUUGCCCAUCCACAGCCCUGUGUGAUCCUGUUACUGGGGAAUGCAUUUGUCCACCCCGUGUGGAAGGCAACCGGUGUCAGCGUUGUGCACCAUACACUUAUGGUUUUGAUCCAAUUAUUGGGUGUGAGGAAUGCCAGUGCUCUGCCCUUGGUGUUCAAUCUGGUAACCUUCAAUGUGACCUACAAACAGGACAGUGUAGUUGCAAAAACUCAGUUGUUGGACGAAGAUGUGAGCGAUGUGCAGCUGGCUUCUGGUCUUUCCCAUUCUGCCAGCUGUGUGACUGUGAUUUGAGGGGAACUGAGGAGGAUAUAUGUAGUCAGGAUGAUGCGAGCUGCUAUUGCAAACUUAAUGUUGAAGGUCGUUCCUGUGAUAUGUGUCGACCAGGCUCCUACAAUUUAGAAGAAACAAACCCUGAUGGCUGUACAAAGUGCUUCUGUUUUGGCAAGUCUGAGUACUGUUCAUCUGCUGAUGUAUACUGGGAGGGAAUGUUGAUUGAUGACAUGUCUGCAUGGAGUGUGAUAGUUGUGGAGCAGUUGGUUUCUUCGCCUGGACUCUCCUCCCAAUCUCUGACUGCCCUCAGCUUUUCCUCACUGGAUCAGCAACCAACAUACUAUAAGGACCUCAUACAGCAGGAUAUGGAGGGUGUGGACAAACACUACCCAGAAGGCCAAAUCUUCUUCACUGCUCCAGCUGCUUACCUUGGCAACCAUGUUUCAUCUUACGGAGGAUAUCUCAGAUACUCAAUUGUGAUUGUAUGGGGAGAUGAAGGCUCUAAAAUAAGUGGUCCAGAUGUUAUCUUGAGGGGAGGUGAUAUCCUUGUCCAGUACUUCUCACCAGAUCUACCAUUUUCUUCACAAGUCUUAUCUGCUGAGAUACGAUUAACGGAGCACAACUUCAGAACUAUGUCAGGGUUCCCAGUGCAGCGAGAACAGUUUAUGAUGCUUCUCUACGAACUUGAUGCUAUUUUUAUUAGAGCAAGUUACUGGAGCAACGCUAUUGAAGCAAGGUUAUUUAAUACGAGCAUUGAUGUCCCAACUGCUGAGUGGCUUGGACGUGAAUCACAACCAGCAUUGUCUGUGGAACGCUGCCAGUGUCCAAUUAAUUAUGAAGGAUUGUCAUGUGAGGAUUGUGCACGAGGAUAUUAUCGUGCUCAGCGUGGGCCUUAUGGUGGAUACUGUGUGCCUUGCCAGUGUAAUGGUCAUGCUGGUACCUGUGAUAAAGAAACUGGCAAAUGCCUGAACUGCUUACACAAUACGGUUGGUGACAAUUGUGAAAUGUGUGCACCAGGAUACCACGGAAAAGCUACACAGGGCACUCCAUAUGACUGUCUUAUCUGUGCCUGUCCUAUGCCAUCAAUUACCAACAAUUUUGCAGAAAGCUGUGAUUUCCUAGAUGAUGGAUUCUCAAUUAAAUGUGAAUGCCAAGAAGGCUACAUUGGGGAACGCUGUGAGCGCUGUGCUGCCGGCUACCAUGGACAACCAGAAGUUCUAGGUGACAGGUGUGAAGCCUGUACAUGUAAUGGCAACAUUGAUGUAAGAGAUUCUUUUUCGUGUGAUGAUAUUACUGGCCGAUGCUUAGCUUGUCUUAACAAUACAUAUGGCAAUUCCUGUGAACGCUGUGCUCCUGGAUAUUAUGGUGAUGCCAUUAACCUCAAGAACUGUGAAAGUUGUACCUGUGAUGAGUGUGGCACUCGGAAUUGUCAACACUUCUCUGGUGUUUGUGAAUGUUUUGAUAAUGUCAUUGGUAACCAGUGUGGCCAAUGUGCUCCUGACCAUUGGGGAUUUGCCUCUUGCCAGGGUUGUCAGCCUUGUCAGUGCGGGAUAGCAUCACUAACUAGCCAGUGUGAUGAAGGCACUGGACAGUGUCAUUGUACUGGUGGAGUUACUGGUCAGCGAUGUGACCACUGUAUGCCAGGCUUUUGGAAUUACACUCGAUAUGGAUGCCAAGAAUGCACAUGCCGUGAAGGUUUCAGCGUAGGUGUUGGGUGUAACCCUCGGACUGGUCAGUGUCAGUGUUUACCGGGAGUAAUAGGAACAAACUGUGAGGGAUGCCCAUACAGGUGGGUCUUGGUUGAUGGUGUUGGUUGCCAAGAAUGUGAAGAAUGUGUCCAUGCCUUGCUGGAUACCACUGAUGAACUCGCAUGGCUCAUUCAGCCAACAAUCAAUGAAUUUGAGACUGCAGCAUAUAGCUUUUUCCUACACCAAAGACUGGGAGUUAUCAACUCGACUUUGUAUGAACUUCGACCUCAAGUUAAUUUGCUGGACUUGUCUGAGGCUGAGAAUGUACCUCUAGAAGGCGAUCUAAACUCCAUCAUGAAAGAAGCACAGUCUGUGUCUGCUCAAAGUGAACAUGUAUUGGAUCGAGCUGGAGGGGCUGCAACAGAUAGCUUUAAAAUUCAUGUAAAAGCAUUAAGGGUUCGAGAAGAUGUAGAUGAUGCUUUCAAUUCAGCCCGGGGCAUCAUUGGUGAGAUCAACAGACUUGUGAUUGGUCUGGAGACUGGCACAGGGGCCCAGUUAGAACAAGCUAUUCGUGAAGCAGAAGCUGUGGUAGAAGAGAUGAAAAAACGCAGUUCUACAGAGCAGCUGGGUAAGGUGGAAGAGGAGAAAGAAACAGCAGAGGAGCUCCUUGACAGCAUGGGAACUUUCUUUGAACCAAUUAAGGGCCAAAGGAAUACACUAACUUCAUAUCAAGAACAUUUGACAAACUUUGAGAAUAAGAUUAAGGAAAUGAGAGAUUACAUCCAAAAGGCCACACAACAGACAACUGAUGCAGAGCACCAGAUCCGUAACAACAAAUUAUAUGGAUACAAGUCACUGAAAAAGAAACUGGAAGAAAUACGUCGCUUGGAUAGGGUGAUUGCUGCCGAGUUAGAAGAAUCUCAGAAUCUGGUUGAUCAGGCCAACGGGAAUCAUAUCAACGCAUCAGCUAACUAUGAAUUACUUGUGAUGGAAAUAGAACAUCUUCGUGCAGUCAAAUCAACUUUAGAUGACAGUGUGACUGUGAUGAUGAAGGAAUUAGAGGAGGCACAGUAUCCUGCCCAGAGAGCUGAGGGUCAUGCUGAACAGCUGGGAAUAAGGGCUGAAGAGUUGGAUGAAUUGUUAGCAGACACACGAGAGGUAGCAGAGAAUGCUCUUGCUGCAGCUAAUGCCUAUAAGAAUAUUGUCUUUGCUAUUGAUGAUGCUUACAAUGCCUCCCUGUCUGCUAACAUGUCUGCACAACAAGCAGUAGAGAAGUCUGAGGGACUGAGUGACCAAGCCCUAGUCUCUCAAACACAGUCAGAGGAGAAGUCUGGAUCAGCAGAGGUCCGAGCACAACAGGUUGAGAAGGAGUUACGUCCUCAACUGACACAAGCUCAACUAGAUGUGAGCAAUCUUAAGGACAUGAACUUGUACAUUAGUGACAACCUUGCAGUUAUAGAGAGUAAACUGAACAGCCUUGAUGAAGAAGCAGUUUCAACAAAUGCUGCAAAACUUAAGGAAGCUGCUGUUAGCUCUAGGGAGGAAGCUGAUGGAGCCAUUCAAAACAUAGCCAGUGUUGAAGGAAAAUUACCUGGAGCUGCUGAAGAUGCACGUUUACUAAUGAGAAAUAGGGCAGAGGCAGGGAAGGCUAUAGAACUAGCCAGUAAACAAGUUGAAAGAGUGCAGCAAGCAGUCCCUAUGAUAACAGAAUUGGCUGCUCGUUUGCGUCUUCAAAAGGAACAGAUUCAGACUACUGCUAUUGAUGUUGGGGAUCGCUUGGAGAAGCUACGACGUACCAUUCAAAAGACUCGGGAGUUGUCAAAUAAAAUUAAAGUGGGUGUGUCAUUUCAACCUAACACUACAAUUGAAGUGCAGAAUCCAGAAGAUCUCACCAAGGCCACCACUUCUACAAAGUUGUCAGUGUUUGUUCAAACAGAAGAACCAUCAGGACUCCUACUCUUUAUGGGCACACCUGUUGGAGGCAGUCAGAGGAUGCGACGUACGACCACUGAUGAUUUCAUGGCCCUUGAGAUGGACCGUGGCUUUGUCCGACUCACAAUGGAUCUUGGGGCUGGAGCACAUUCAAUUGAGUACAACAAGUUGUACAUUGCUGAUGGUGUUUGGAGUAAAAUCACUGUUGAAAGGACAGGUAAGUUGGUAAAAUUAUCUGUGCAUCGUGAAGAAAUGGAAGGUGAACCAGUGGAGCAAGUGUUACCUGGCAGAUUCUCAGUGUUCAAUUUAGACCCCAAAGUGUCCAAGAUUUAUGUUGGUGGCAUCCCUGCUGGAGUAGAAGUUAAUAGUGCUAUCAGAAGCACUUCCUACUAUGGCCAAAUGGAAGAUCUUCGUCUUAAUGAUCAACCUAUUGGACUGUGGAACUUCAUGAUGGAUGGUACCAACAACAUCGAACAGCGAGGUGCUGUGGAGAGGGAUCGCCUGGUUGAUCUAGUGCCUCCAACUGGCCUUCGGUUUGAUGGAAAUGGAUAUGCAGCCUUAGACACUCGUAAUGGUUACCGCUUUAGGAUGCAGUUUGACGUACAAAUGGAUUUCAAGACGUAUCUUGAAGAUGGCAUUUUGUUCAUCAUUGAUGGAGGUCCUCGACAGUAUAUGGUAGUGGCGAUGGAAGAAGGUCAUGUAAUAUUCCAGUACAACCUCGGGUCUGGUGUUGUUACGCUAAAAUCUGCCGACACAUACCAUGAUGGGGAGUGGUAUCAUGUAGAAGCUACCAGGCAUCUGCGUAAUGGUGUGUUAAAGAUUGCAUCUGAGACAAUACAGGAACAGUCUCCUGGUCAUAUUAGCCAGUUUUCAAGUACACCUGACACUAUGUACUUUGGUGGCUACCCAGGAGAGCAUGACUUCAGAGAAUUUACAAAUGAGGACUUCAAUGGAUGUAUUGACAAUAUUGUCAUGUCUUCUGUUGCUGUAGACCUUUCCACGAACAAGGAGUCCAUUAACACAGCUCCUGGCUGUCCGAUUAAGGUGGCAAGUCUUGUAUCAUUUGAUAAGACAUCUUCUGGCUAUGUGAAGCAUAGCAGUCCAGAAGGUAGUGGCUUACAGCUUGUGUUCAAAUUCAAGACUGAUGAACCAGAUGGUUUAAUCUUGUACACUUCGACAAUGAAUCAAGACAGCUAUCUCUCCCUGUCUCUAGCAGAGAGUGCUCUUAUACUUCGUGCAUUCCCUGGAGGCGAACUUACCACAGGGACAUAUGACAAGUACAAUGACAGUGAAUGGCAUGUUGUCAUUGCUACCCGUGAACAUAAUGAGCUGCGCCUGGACAUUGAUGAUUUUAAAUCAUAUAAAGUGAAAGUACCAGAACAAGCGGUACAAUUUGAUGGACCAGUAUAUUUUGGUGGGGUUCCUGAGUUCUACAACAUAGCUGCUGCUGCUUCAGCCAUUGACACAAACUUCUUUGGAUGUAUUGGAGAUGUGACACUUAACAGUCAAAUUGUAAACUUUGCGGAAAGUCGAGAACGACCCAAUGCACAUCUGCAGAACUGUCCAUUACAAAAGAGUUCAUCAUUCCUUGAGAAACCAUCUGUUGGGCAAGAAGGGAUGAGAAUCAACGUUAGUGACUAUGAAGAAGUUCCUAUCAUCGCUGAACCGCCCAGUUUCCCUGAUGUGGUGGAAGUAGAUUUAUCAACUUCUUCCCCUCCCUCAUCUACUUCUGAAACUAGUGAUCUUUUCACAUCCUUCUCUGCCAUCCCCACAUCCCCAACAACUUCAUCCACUAUUAGUUCAACCACCACCAGUACGACCACCACCAUGGCCACAACAACAGAGGAGAUUCGUCCAGAGAUUACACAGCCUGUUCCACUUGACGGUUGUGCCUUACCUGAAGACCCAGCAGAAGAGGACGUUCCUUCAGGAGAAGGCUUCCGAUUUGAUGAAGACUUCCCUAGCGGCUAUAACUUUGGUAGCAAACGCAACAGCCGCAUUCAGUUCCAGACUCUACCAGAUAAUCCACGUGCAGACUUCAAGUUCUCCUUUGACUUUAAAACACUUACUGAUGAGGGUGUUAUCUUCUAUGCUUCUAGUUUAGCACACCGUGACUACAUCACCAUGUACCUUAAGGAUAACAAGAUCGUGUUCGGCUUUGACACUGGCACUGGAGCUGCAAUUAUGCGGUCUGAACAGUUCUACAACAAUGGAGAAUGGCAUAGUGUGAUAGUAGAACGCCGAGAAGAAUAUGGAAUGCUGUUUAUUGAUGGCUACCAGGUUGCUAAUGGCACUGGUAGAGGAGAUUCAAAAUAUAUUGAUGUGGAGCAACCCUUCUAUUAUGGUGGCAUUUCUUCAGACGUUGCAAAUCUUGUACAGCAAAAUACUGAAGGCACAGAAAUCUCCUUUAAUGGAUGCCUGAGAAACUUCCGCAUGAAUAACCAACGCGUAGGUGGUGGACAUGAUGCCUUUAGUCUCAUCCGUUGUUCUGCUAAUGUGGAGGCUGGAGUAUUCUUUGGAUAUGGUCCUCGUUCUCAUGUUAUUUUACGCAAACGAUUUAGCGUGGGAAGAGUGUUUGAAAUGACAAUGGAUAUAAAACCCAGAACAAUUGAUGGUGUCCUUGCAUCUGUUCAUGGACGGCGUGAUUUUGUGAUGCUGCAUCUUAAGAAUGGAACUGUUGAACUAAGUGUUGACAAUGGCAAGGGUAUUAUCACUGCUAAGUAUACCCCACCUUCCCCAUGGAUGUUGUGUGAUGGCAAAUGGCAUUCUAUCCAAUUAAUCAAGAACAAGAAUAUUGCCAUUCUUGUAGUGGAUGAAACUUCAACUGUUCCUGUGUCUGGCAAGAUCGGGGCCACCUCUACCGAUACAAAGAACCCAUUAUUCUUGGGUUCACAACCACACGUACAGAAUCGACGUGGAGGAGCAAGUGAUAAAAAAUUUAUUGGCUGUGUGAGAAAUGUAACUGUUAAUAAGGACCCAGUAGCUUUAGCAUACACCACAUUUGUAGGUAAUGUGAAUGCUGGGUCAUGUCCCACCAUCUAGUUCUGGACACUAAAGUACUGUAGUAUGUACCGGUAUCACACAUUGUAGAGGUAUUAGUUAUAGAAAAUGAAAGCCUAAAUUAGUAAUGGGAAUUUUCAAUUUGGAUUAAACAUCUUUAUUUACCUUACUUUUUAGAAAUAUAACCAUAUCUUCCAAUUUAGUCAUCCAUUGAUAUAUAAUUUCCCAGGUCUCCAACUUUUGAGUUUUAAAGAAUUACCCCGGUAAGUCAUAUUGUCAUUUAUUUCAGUAAACAUUAACAGCUAUUGAUAGUUUUUUUUAGUUAGUUCAUCAGGUAACAACAUAUUUUGGCAAAAACGUUUCAUUGAAAAUGUUUUUAUUCUGCACAUAAAAAAAGUAACAUCAUGAAACCAUUUAGUGUAUGCUGUGUACAAAAUUAACAACUGAAGAUAUGUUAACUCAAUUGGCUCACUGACUUUGGCAUGUAGUAUUUGGCAGAUUAAAACUUAUGAUGUAAAAUUAUGUAAAGUUUUGCAAAAUUC